AUGAUUUACGUCUUGCUGUAUUCGAUCCCCCUAGCGGGUAUCACCGUCGCAAGCUACGCACCAAACGUUGUGGAUUGCCCUGCUGGUAUUCAGCUUGCACGUCCGCCUCAAGGUCUUGCCAAGCAAGAGUUGCAGUGGGUUCGUGGCAGGAAGAAGGUGGCAGCCAAUUCUUUCGCCUCCUUUCUCCGCCGUGUCGAUCUCGAGGACUUCGACAUCGCGACGUAUGAGUCAAGUGUUCUCAAUGAUCCAGUGUCAUAUAUGCCGACCAUCGCCUUUGCGAACAGCGGGGGAGGUUGGCGUGCUGCUUACACGGGCGCUGGAGCUAUGCGAGCCUUUGACGAAACCUUUGCACCUUCGGUUCAGUACAAGACUGGAGGCCUCUUGCAAAGUAUGACAUAUUACGCAGGUCUUUCGGGUGGUUCUUGGCCGGUCAGUUCCUACGCGUUCCAUAAUUUCGCCCCCAUGGACGAUGUGGUGAAAACCUGGAACACCGAAGUCGACCAAGGUUCGUUCGAGAACUUUACGAAGUUUUUCCAAGAAAUCGCCCCAAAAUAUGAAGCUGGCUACAAUAUCAGUGUGAUGGAUGUUCUGGCGCGAUCGUUCGCCUACCAAUUCCUUCCUGGAGCCGAUGGCGGUCUGGAAACAACUUGGUCGUCCAUCGCGGAUUUGAGCAAUUUCAAGAACUUCUCCGGGCCAAUGCCGCUACUACAGACAAGCAGUAUUGAAUGUGGAGACCCUUCGGCCUAUGGUGUCUUCGAACCGCGAUUUACCAACCGAAUGUAUGAGUGGACACCAUUCGAAUUUGGGUCUUGGGACAGCGGUUUCACUCCCACAGCCUACGUGGGUAGCUUGCCCCACCAGAAUGGCUUUGCUACGAAGUGUGUUGUAGGGCUCGAUCGCGCAAGCUUCGUGAUGGGUACAGCUGCCGCAGCAUGGAACUACUGGUGGCUAUCAGUUAGCUCCAAUGGCACCUUGGGCCAGUUCUCGAAACGGGAUCCCAUCGGACCAGAAGUCUUUCCUGACCGCCAUCAGCUGGCCCGUCGUGACAGUCCUUUUGGCAUGAAUGUGUUCCAAGGAGUCCACAGCGCAUUCAAUGAGACAUUCGGUCUCUCUAUACCACAAAUCGCCAAUCCCUCGAUACCUGCAGCGUUCUCGCCGCUGGAAAACCUCACACUUACGGACAACUCAGAAGCCCUCCAGUCUCUCCCACUGAGGUCACUCAUCCAGCCGGAGCGCAAGUCCGAUUUCAUCGUUGCAUGGGACGACGACGCAGAUGAAGCGCCCUACAAGUGGAACAAUGGAUCCAACUUGUACUUCACCUCGGUUUGGGCGAAUCAGGCUGGACUUCCAUUCCCAACAGUCCCCCCGCCGUCAACCUUCCUGGCUCGCAACUAUACCCUCAGGCCUACCUUCUUCGGAUGCAACACAAGUCUUACAACUACGGGAGACGACCGAAGUCCCAUCGUCCUUUACAUGACGAAUGCUCCCUACAGCUGGUACAGCAACUUCACAUGGGGAGAUCCUUUCAUGUCGCGAGCGACCUUUGAGGGCGUGCUGAUCAACAGUUUUGAUAUCGUCACUCAAGGAAACGGAACCUUGGACGCUGAAUGGCCGUCCUGCGUUGCAUGCGCAGCUAUCGAUCGAAGCCUCGCACGAGUUGGGAUGAGAAGAAGCGAUCAGUGCGAAAAGUGCUUUACCAAGUACUGCUGGGACGGUAGCGUUGAGUCCGAGGAUCUCUCUGCCGUAUCAAGCAAGGGCAAGACCUUUGAUCCAAGCCUUAUUCUUAACUCUAGCUACACGUUUGAACUGUGGAAUAAGACGCAUCCAGUGCUAUAAACCUUAAAAAAAACAGCAGAGGGAUAUUUAGGCAGGAGUAAGAUAGAAACUAGAAAAUUAAAUCAGUAACAAAGGUAGCUAUUUGCAAUUAGGUCGCCCUCACAAGCUCCAGAAUCUCAGACCAUCCCGAAAUUCCGUAACGAUGGGAGUCGUAGUCAAGCCGACAUCAGAGCUUUAUAGUAAGGGACAGU